AUGAGACGAACGUCGCAAACAACAACAACAACAACAACAACAACAACAACAACAGCGCCGCCGGCGGGAGGGCGCGCGAGCGAAACGUCGACGUCCUCUUUUUCUUUGUCUUCCAAAAGCGCGGUGGUGAAGAAGAGUGCCGCUGAAAAGAGAAGGAAAAAAGGAGGAGGAGAAAGACCACGAGAAAGGAGAAUCUCCUCCGGGAACUCCUCCACGCACUCCUCCUGCACGAGGAAGAGUUUGACCAAAAAUACUAAUAAUACCGCGACGAAUAAAAGUCUGUUAAGAGGAGUGGUGGAGAACGAGCGAGUGAUACGCGACGAGAACGGGAAGGACGUGACGCCGAGGUCGCUGUUGGAACCGUGUCGAUGGACGAGAAAGAAGAACGAAGUCUUUCGCGGUGAUGGUGGUGGGAAAGAAGAAGAAGAAGAAGAAGAAGAAGAGGAAGAGGAGGAGGAGGAAAGCUUUUUCGACGCGAGCGAAGACGAGGAAAGCACGAGUAACUCGAGCGAAGACGAAGAAGAAAACAGUAGAGUGGAAGGGAAUGAUAAUGAUAUCGAUUAUAUUUUCAACUUUGACUUUUCCAAGCUUUGGGAAAGGCAAAGUUCGAGAGAAUCGAAGCGCAUCGAGUUGGCGCCUAUCGAAUUCGCGACGCCGCCGACGGCGACGAGGAGGAGGAAAAAGACGAGAAUAAAGAAGAAACGAGUUCCGUUUGAUCCCGAAAUACACGUGCACCGCUCGACUCAAACAUAUACUACCCCCUGUGUUGUUCGCGAAACGUUUACGGAUUCACCGGAAACCAAGGAAAGUGAGACGUGUUGGCAAAAAGAGGAAACGCGGAAGGAAGGAGGGAAAGCACAGGGACGGGCGAGAAAACGCGUUGGUCGCGCGUUCUUGAAACAGGCGGAAAUCAUCGCUGAUCGCCAGAUUCGGGCAAGUCUGAUGCUAGAGCAAACGUUGCGGUAUAGAGGGACGCUUCACGAUGGGGAUGAACUACCCUUCGAUGCUUCGAAGCAACUGACCCGUUUGUGCGAGUACAAGUAUCCAUCGGCGUCAUCCUCCGAAUCUGGAAAAGAGAAGAGAGUCAACGCGAUUCGAUUCCACCCUCGUUUUGAUGGCGUCGUUGCCAUCUGUCACGGAUCUGUUGAUGCAGGAAAUAUUGUUUUGCGUGGUGAUGACUACGACGAGAACGUAGAUGAGAACAAACGCAACCUCGAAUACUUCAAUAAAAGGGAUCUGGAGAAACGUGGCGCCGUACACGUUUGGACGCUUCGAGACGCCACGAAACCAGAGGUAUCACUCACUCUCGAAAGUUCCGUGACUUCAAUAGCAUUUCAGAGCGUCCAUUACAACGACGCAGAAGAGCAUUUGAGGAAUAAAAGCAGGCGCAUGCUCUGUGGAUGCCUCGAUGGUAGUAUACGGUGCCUCGAUAUCGCGUUUCGAGGCGACAAGAAGGGUAGCGCCUCCCACCAGCACCAAGGACUCCUUUACGAAUCGCGACCGGAGCAUUCACACAAAGAAAAAGUUUGGGCGGUUGAAUUCUUAGAUGAUAACGUCGACAAGGAAAGUCACUGCGAGUUCUCCGCUGUAAGUUGCUCUACAGAUGGUGCGAUUCUCAAAAUGGACGCGCGCGCAUUAAUUCCUAGCGAAUCAAUAGGCACUUUGCGCAUCUUACGCGACGGUCAAGAUCGAGGCGAAAAGCGUUUUCUGGAGUCGAGUGGCGAAACAAUACUAGGAAAAAGUCUCGUCUGCGAUGAUCCUCGAGAGAUUCAAGCGACGUGCUUAGAUGUCAUCGACCAAUCUUGCCUUCUCGUUGGAACCAUACGCGGAGAUAUUUUCGUUUGCGCAAAACGCUCGCUCGAUGAAAAUGACGGGCACAGCGAAAUGUUUACGAUCACUAAGAAGAUAAAAGCGCACUCGAUUUCAUCGUUGUACGCGGCGAUAUAUCAAGUUAAGAAGCAUCCGUCAGUUCCCGGCGUCUUUGCGACAGCUUCUGCUGAUGGAACAGUCCGUGUUUUUCGGGUGUCGGAUCUGGAACACGAAGCAAACUCCGUCAAGCGAGCUCGAGAUACACACGCGAACAACGCAAACGAUCUCUGGCAAGAAACAUCUUCAUCAAUCUUCAAAGAAACUGAUACGUCGCAAAUAUUUUCAUUCGCACCGGUACCUUUGCGAGUUCAAAACGGUUAUGGUGCGAGCAGCAGCAGUAGUAGUAGUAGUAGGUCGACGGCGUCUUCCGUAUCGCUCCCGCCAGUGAACGAUAUCGCGUGGGAUACAAACGACGGGAGGAAACUUGCCGCGGUGUACGACGAUGGAACGUUACGUAUUUGGAAGUGCGAGCGAGCAGUGGCGCAAAAAGGCAGUAACAUUAAAAGCUACAACGCUCGAAACGAUGCAUCUUUGACCGUAACUACCCCGUGGUUUGAAGAGAAGUUUGACGAAAUAGGUAUUCAGCAAAAAAAAUCGAAGGAGCGAGGAGAAACGAAUGAGAAGAAAAAUGCCAUACGUCUCACGGCGGUCAGUUACUCCAACACGAACGCGUCGCCAAUAUUAGCCGUUGGCGAUAAUUUGGGAAGCGUUCACUUAUUCUCCGUCGCUGCCGCUCAAAACGAGGAGGAAAGACAAGAAUUAAAAACCGAGAUCGACCACGUAUUCUCCCUUCCCGAUUACCACAGUAGGUAG